AUAACCAUAGUUUUAUAAUCUGUGAACGCAACCUUUAACAACAAAAAUCUGAAUGUUUAUCAACGUUAACGUCAAAUUUGAGUUGAAGAAAAUCAAAAUCAGGUUCAUAGAAUGGAGAGCUUAUUUUCGUCGUUUUUUCGUAGUUCAAGAUGACGACAGCUUUUCAUGGAGUGUAUUUGCUGUAUUGCGAAAAUCCAAAAUAUCUUGGACGUUGCUACAUAGGGUAUACAGUUGACCCCAAUCGCAGAAUAGUAAAGCAUAAUAAAGGGAAGCAAUAUGGGGGCGCGUAUCGGACCAGCCAACGAGGGCCUUGGACCAUGGUGCUGAUUGUACACGGAUUUCUGGACGAGAUCUCUGCGCUCAAGUUUGAAUGGGCUUGGCAACACUCACAAAAAUCAAGGCGAUUGCAACAUGUGGCCAAGAAAAAAUCCAGAGAAAAGUCGUUUGAUUUCUAUUUGACCGUAUUGGGGCAAAUGUUGCAAGUGGGGCCAUGGCAGCGCCUGCCGUUAACCAUCCGCUGGCUCAAUAAUGCUUUGGCUACAGAUUUUCUGCCUGGGAAAAAGCUUCCACCACACAUGCUGGUUUGCCGAGGAGCACACGUCCAAUCGAGGUUUAGGGAUUGCAUUCCAGUAGAGUCAGGAACCGCCAAUUCAACGUGUGACUUGUGCUUUGGAGUUUUGAGCAGUGCCAAGCAGGUGACAUGUUUAAACAAAGAAUGUAACAUAAGAUGCCAUUUGAUUUGUCUCUCAAAGCAUUUCCUGGUGAUUGGAGAGUACGUACCGAUUCAAGGGAAUUGCCCCAAAUGUAAACGAACGUUUUUAUGGGGUGAUAUUGUCCGAAACUUUACAGGCUGCUACGAAAACGUUGAUUUUACAUACGACGCGUCAGACGCCCAUGUAAUUGCUUAGGUUCAAAUUGAGCUUGACUCCGUUCUGUUUCAUAACUACUAUUUUGCGAUACAUCUUUUAAACAAACACUUAAUAGUCAUAGUCGUCGCCUCUGCUAAAUAGGCCAUCAUCGCCGUAGUCAUCAUACUCGUCCACUCCUGGGGGGACAAACGCCCCAUUUAACGCCUCAGAAAUUUGUUCUCCUAGUCCUACUCUGGUGGCCACUCCGUAAAUCAGUCUCAUCACGGCUAAUCUAAAAUUGAUAUUGCCACAAAUAUUGUAAAUUGGACCUAGAAGAUGCAUUUAAGUUUUACAAUGCAGAAAAUAAUUAUGUUGGUGUCCCCAUGAAUCACUAUUAAACGGCGCUCACCUUAUAAAGUUGA